AGCUAUAUGACGAAAGUACUUGCAACUCUGGUUAUUAUUGACCAGCCUGAACCUAGUUCCAUCCCAUCCCCUCCUUGUCGGACACCGCCGUUAAAUCCCCUGUCUCAAUUCAAUUCAAAUCCCUAAUUCUAUACAUCUUUAUCUUUAAUUGUGUUGCUAGAUCUCUCUUUUCACUCUCAGGUUGCACAUCUUUAUUAUAGCACAUAGGGACUCAAGUAUAUUUAUACAAGGGUGCACCAUGAGUGGUAGAAAACGCAAGUCUCUAUGGGAUAGCAAGGAGGAAACUGAGAAUUCUGUUGAAUUUGGUAAGCAUGAUGCUAGGCAUGGGAGAGAAAUUCAUUCUAGUCAUCAUGCAAAAUGGUCAGAUGUGGAGGCCAAGAAUGCAUCAAACUCUAACAAUGGUUCACGGUGGUCGUCUUCUGAAAUAUGGCAAGACAAUAAUGGUCGCAAAGACUACAAUGAAAUGCCAAAAACUGAAAGGGCUGGGGAUGGGGAUAAAAGCUACAGCAGGUCUCCUGGCCUUACUGGGAGAGGAAAACAUAAUCAUAGCCCUCCAUCAGAAAUUUAUUGGAGCCAAUCACACAGGUACCAGAGGAGUAGAAGCAGUAGUCGUAGCAAAGGAAGAGCUGGGAGCAGGAGUAGGAGCAGAAGCAGGGGAAGGGACAGAGAAAUGGACAAGGAUACAGAAGGUAUACAGAGCUGGAGCAGUGGGAGGGACAGAGGUAUGGACAAGGAUACACAUGAUAUCCGCAGCUGGAGCAGGGGAAGGGAUAGAGACAUGGACAAGGAUACAGAAUAUAUCCAGAGCAGGGGAAGGGACAGAGAUAUGGACAGGGAUACAAAUGAUACCCGGAGCUGGAGCAGGGGAAGGGACAGAGAUAUGGACAGGGACAUCGAUGGUAUACGGAGCUGGGGCAGAGGAAGGGACAGAGAUGUUGACAAGGACAGGGAUACUAACUGGAGUAGGAGCACACUCUCUGACCAUAGACGUGAAUAUAAUGGAAUGGGUGAUAGAAAAAGUGUGGUCAGAGCAUCAUCUCAGCUAUGCAGAGAUUUUUCUGUUGGAAUGUGCAGACGAGGCGAUCAAUGCAGAUUCCUUCAUGACGACAAUCUCAAUCUCAGUCAUGAAAAACUAGAGAGAGAGAGAGCAGAGUUCAGAGGUAGACAUGAAACUAAUGAAGCUUUCUCUGCUGAUAAUGGAAGGCCUAGAUAUCGGACACUUGAUAAAGUUUCCAACUACGACAGAAGCAAUAGGAGUUCUUCUUUUGAUCAUGAUCAUAGGCGCCAGCCAUAUAAGAAUGUUAACAUUCCUUGCAAAUAUUUUGCAAUGGGAAGAUGUCACAGGGAUGAUUGUAGGUUCUCUCAUGAUCAUCCAGGAGGUGGCGCUGUAAAAGAAAAACUGCAGUAUGAUAGGUAUGACCAACAUGCAGAUGAUGAGAACACGUACUGGAAUGGUCCUAAGUGGGGUGAUGCGCAUGGUGUUUCAGAUAUGAAUAAUAAUGACCGGAACAACCUUGAUACCAGGAAAACGAAUUACGUUGACAGAACUGCUAAGAAACAGGCUUCUGGUAUACUGGAUCAAGAUUGGAAAGAUGAGAAAAUAACAUGGGAUGGUCCUACAUGGGAACAUGUUACUAGUGUGUCUGAUGUCGCCAGACCAAAUCAAUGGGUUGAUAGUAAUGCCGGGGGUGUGAGUUUUCCUGAGCCACCAGUUGCAAGGACAAAGACUGAUGAAAGGUGUGGCAACAGUAUGGAUCUGUGGAACAGAACACAGAAUGGCAGUAACACAAAAAAUGUAGACACUGUUGAAUCAACACAUGUUGCAACAUUUGAUGGAGGGGUCUGGGUUGAUGCCCAAGGUUCACAUGUGCAGACUGCAGGUGGCUCAUCUUUGCAGACCUGUGAAAAAGUAAUUGAAGGAGCAUCAACUCAGCAGCUAAUUAACAAUGUUGGGCACCCUUUGGUCUCUGAAAAUUCUUAUGUUCAACAGAGUGACGGUAUGAGAGGAAAUAAUAUUAUGCCAAAUGAUAAUUCUAAUGCAGUGAAGGGGGUGAACAUAUCUGGGAACACUAGGCAGUUUCUGCUACCUGAGCAAAUCUUGAACCACAACAGUGGUAGUUCAAUUUCUAUGCCUUCAAAUAUUAAUGAAGCAGAUCAAAGGAAUGUCAUCCCUGUAAGUCCCGUGGACGGACAUGAAGCUGAUCCAAAUAGAUCAGAUAAACAGCUAUUAUAUCCAAAUCAACAAGAUGAGUCCAAGAAUUUUUUUAAAGACUGUACCAACAAACAACAGGUGUUUGAAUCUGAAGUAUGCCAAGUAGAUCCCAGUCUCCCUCAAAAUGACAUGACCAAUUACCAGGUUGCAGCAAUUACUAAUCUUUCUGCAUCUCUGAAUGAGAUAUUCAGCAACGGGAAACAACUUCCAGAACUAUAUGCUGUAUUGAACCCUAAAAGUUCCACCGACUUGUUAACCUCUCUUUCUUGUUCUGCAAGUGUCAAUUCUUCUGUUGCUGCAACAAUAGGUCAACCCAAUCAAACCACAAUGUUCCAAGGACAGCAUGUGCCUAUAGGCGCCAUUGAACUGGGCAAGCAUGACAGAACUGACGUAUCAGAUGAACAGAGAAAUCAUGGAACCGACAGUAAACAUUGUGAGGAGAAGCCAGCACCAUUCGAGAACACUCGUUCAUCUACUGACAGGAUUACUGAAGGUGCCAACAAUAAUAAAAUUUAUGAACUGGGCGAGCCAAAACCCCUGGAUCAGUUUCUUUUGCCAUCUAUUAAUGGCCCUGACCCCGGCAAAAUUGAGAAGAUAGGCAGUACAGAGAAAGCAUUUAGUCCUACAGAGAAGCUGUUAAAGCCAGAUAUAAAUAUAGCAGCCCAUCAAAACGUCAGCGUAAAAUCUGAGAGUUGCAAGCCUGAAGAAGGUAUUCCGUUUGACAAUGCUAAUCCAGAAGGUCGGGUUCGAGAGGGCAAUAGUGGCAAGGAUGAGAAAGAAAUGCGGCUUUUCAAAGUUGCCCUUGUGGAGUAUGUUAAGGAGAUUCUAAAGCCCGUGUGGAAGGAAGGUCAGAUGAGCAGGGAAGUCCACAAAUCUAUCGUGAAAAAGGUGGUAGAUAAGGUAACCGGUACAAUACAAGGAGGCCAUAUCCCUAAAACACAAGAGAAAGUUGAUCAAUAUCUUGCAUGUUCUAAACCCAAGCUUACCAAACUUGUACAGGCUUACACUGAGAGACUUUUGAAGAGUUAAAAGAGGAGUUUAUAAGAGGUGCUUGAAGUACUUUGCUAUUAGCAGAUGUUUCUUGCGCCGGACAUAGGAGCUUGCUCUGCAUCUUAAGCUUUUAUAGUUUCUAGUGAUCAGAUAGCUGUUUAAUGUUUUAGAAAUACCAUUUUCAGUUUGUCUUUGUUGGCUUCAUGUGUUCGGUAACGAAGUAUAUGAUAGUUAUUUUUUAUCACCUUGUUUUUGUAGAUAUUAUCCAUAAUGUGACGGUCUAAGAACUCCCUAAGAUGUUUUGUUAUCUUGUAACCUGGAGUAUAUAAGGUUGUUGAUGUCUC